AUGAGUGCAAGUCUGCACUACGAGAAAAUAGCCCUCUCCAAACAGGAGCUUACACAUAUAUACAAGCAAUUUGUUGAUGCUGCACAGAAAAAAUACGAUCAGCACCUUCCGGUAUCUGACCGUCAUGAUCCAUUACAGAUUGAGGUGGAGAACCUUGUGAACGAAACAUUCGCUGAAGUCUUUGAAAUGGCCAAAUAUGCACUUGUAGUAGACGGUCUAGACUUCAGCGAGGACGACGUGUCUAUCAAGGAUUUCUUGCUGCUCCGACCCACCGAAGAAGUUAUGCCAUUUGAUACCCAGCUUAACCAGAAGCUCCGCACAGUGAUCCAGGAUGUGGAGAAAGAAACCACAGAAGUGACGCGGCUCCGACGGGAGUUGCCAGAGAGAGCCAAAGACGCGUACGAGCUGCUAAUAUCUACGACGGAUGAAGAGGUGACAUCCAUCAUCAAGAGCCUCAACGAAAAGUACGACAACCAGGAAGUCGAAUCACACCCUGACCUCCUCGAAGCAAUACCCAGCGCGAAGGACCUACUAAGCGACUACGAAGAAAGCAUAUCGCGUCUUUCGGCGCUAAAAAGUGAUCUCCCCAGACAGCUAGCCCAGGUAGAAUCGUGGAAUAGCACUGCUGAGUUUCUUGAGGACCGCCGUCAGCAGCAACAGACCGAAAAGAAGCUUCUACAAUAA